CCGCCGUACCGAGGUAUUUAGGUUAGCGGCAGCGGGAUCGCUCGGUGCGGCCCCGCUGCUGCCGGUGCCGAGCGGCCGCGCUGCCUCGCCGCCAGCCGGGGAAGGGCCGCAGCCGAGCGGCCGCGGGCUGCGCCGUGGGACCGGGCCCGGACGGACCUCUGCGUGCGCCCCGGCACGGGACGGGCACGGACGCACGCCCGGGGCUUCGGUCGCCGUCGGGCCGUGAUUAGCGGCUGCCGCCCGGACAAUUAAAAUGCAGCGCUGGGGCAUGGCCGUCAAUGUGUACUCCACGUCGGUGACCAGUGAGAACCUGAGCCGCCAUGACAUGCUGGCCUGGGUCAACGACUCCCUGCAGCUCAACUACACCAAGAUCGAGCAGCUCUGCUCAGGGGCCGCCUAUUGCCAGUUCAUGGACAUGCUGUUCCCCGGCUGCGUGCACCUGCGGAAGGUGAAGUUCCAGGCCAAGCUGGAGCACGAGUACAUCCACAACUUCAAGGUGCUGCAGGCCGCCUUCAAGAAGAUGGGAGUGGACAAAAUCAUCGCGGUGGAGCGGCUGGUGAAGGGCAAGUUCCAGGACAAUUUCGAGUUCAUCCAGUGGUUCAAGAAGUUCUUUGACGCCAACUACGACGGGAAGGAGUACAACCCGCUGCUGGCGCGGCAGGGCCAGGACGUCGCGCCCCCCCCUAACCCAGGUGAUCACAUCUACAACAAACCCAAGAAACCCAUUGGCACUGCAGUCCCCCAGAGGACCUCCCCGACGGGCCCCAAGAACACGCCGAACCCAGCCCGCCUAGGCAACGUGCCCAGCGGCAUCCUGCGGAAAAACUCGCCCGCCGCCCGCAACGGCGGCACCGAGGCUGACGCCCAGAUCCUGGAGCUCAACCAGCAGCUGAUGGACCUGAAGCUGACGGUGGACGGGCUGGAGAAGGAGCGGGAUUUCUACUUCAGCAAGCUGCGGGACAUCGAGCUCAUCUGCCAGGAGCACGAGAACGAGAACAGCCCCAUCAUCACCGGCAUCGUCAGCGUCCUCUAUGCCACGGAGGAGGGCUUUGCCCCACCAGAGGAUGACGAGCUGGAGGAGCAGCCGCCAGAGGAGCAGGACGAGUACUAGCCCCGGCCCGCGCCCGCCCCGCGCCGCCCCCAGCUCCGAGGUUGGAGGGCCGAGCCCGCGCCUCGCCCCGCACCGUCACACGCCACGCGGGCCCGCAGCCCCGGGGGGAGCCUCCAUCUCCAUGAGCAGCCAGCAGCCCGGGCGAGCAGCGCGGCUGCGCCGGGGCUGGGGCUGGGGACGGGCUCCGGCCCCGCGCCGGGGCCUGGCCCGCGCCGCCCCCUCCCCAUAUUUAUUUCUGUUGUCCCCCUGGCGUCAGCGAGUGCCGCGUCCGCCCUGGUGUCCUGCGUGCCCGCGGUGAGAGGGAGAAGGGCUGGCCCGGGUGUGCUGCUCGGCUCGCUGGGAGCCGCCAGCCCCGGGACCCCCGUGGCAGAGCCGGCCUGGCAGCCUGGGGGAGCGGGAGGCCACGGAGCAGGGGAGAGAGGUGUCGGUUCAGCUCCCUGGGAAGGCGAAAAGGAAAGGCAGCCCAGUGCGGGCAUGGCAGCGGGGGGCUCCUGCAGACACGGGGGUCCCGGAGAGGGGCUGUCCUGAGCACGGCAUGGAACGGCAGUGGGCCCUCUCCUCUCGCCCGUGGCCCCCGAGCCGGGGCUGGGCUCGCAGCGCCACCCGCCCCGGCUGCCACGUCCCCGUCGCAUCGCUUGUCUGGUCCAUCACUCCGGUCGCAACGCUGCAUCUGUGUUCGGUUUUAUUUAAAUAAACUCGUGUGGUAACACUG